ACAACACUCCUCUAUUUUCAUUUUUUUCUAAUUAUUUUUCCUCACGAAUUUCUCCUGUUAUCUCUCCAAUCCUCAGCUUCCUAUUUCUCCUCUCUAAUUUGGAUUUCGCUUCAAUCGUUCUAGGGUUAGGGUUUCGAUCCUUUCUCCCUCGAUUUAAUUAUUAUCAAGGACUGCGGCACCCCUGAUUCCCCUCCCGUCGUGCUUUGGACGCAGGACGCCAUGGGAGGUGACACAACAACAGCUGAGAGUGCCACAUCGGAGUCGAACGCAGCCGAAGUCAACAUCAAUAUUCGUUGUUCCAAUGGCUCAAAGUUUUCUGUUCAGAUUAGUCUGGAUUCCGUGGUCAGAUCUUUCAAAGAUGUUGUGGCUCGCAGCUGUGACAUCCCCGCUGAUCAACAGCGUCUGAUUUACAAGGGUCGGAUCCUUAAGGAUGAUCAGACACUCCAAAGCUACGGUUUGGAGGCUGAUCACACUGUCCAUUUGGUCCGUGGCUUUGCUCCUAACAACAACACUGGUGGGGCUAAUAGUGGUGGUGCCAAUACCACCACAGCCAAUACCACGAGAGCUGCUGGUGCUAAUGAGGGUGGGGGUUUAGGAGGGCCAGGAUUUGGGGCUUCACUCUUUCCUGGACUUAGUGGUAACAAUGGGAUGGGGGGCAGUGGCCUCAAUGGCUUAUUUGGGGCGGGCUUUCCGGACCUUGAACAAAUGCAGCAACCGUUUUUGUCAAACCCCAAUUUAGUGAGAGAUAUAAUGAACACACCUGCUAUGCAGAAUUUAAUAAAUAAUCCAGAGAUAGUGCGGAAUCUUAUAAUGAAUAAUCCGCAGAUGCAAGAGUUAAUGGAUAGAAACCCUGAGCUGGCACACAUACUUAAUGAUCCCAGCACUCUUCGUCAGACACUUGAAGCUACAAGGAACCCUGAGAUCAUGCGUGAAAUGAUGAGGAAUACAGACAGAGCAAUGAGCAACAUCGAAUCUUCUCCCGAGGGAUUUAACAUGCUGAGACGCAUGUAUGAAAAUGUUCAAGAACCAUUUUUAAAUGCCACCACAAUGGCUGGUAAUGCCGGAAAUGAUGCUGCAGCGGCUAGGAACCAAUCAACUAAUCCCUCAACUGCUAAUUCUGAAGCAACUUCCCCUGUACCCAAUACGAACCCACUUCCUAAUCCAUGGUCCUCUACUGGAACUGGAGGUGGCCAAAAUAACACCAGAAGGUCAACUACAGCUGGUGGGGAUGCUCGACAGCAGGCACCCACUGGAUUAGGAGGGCUUGGACUGCCUGAUCUUGAAGGCAUGUUGGGUGGAAUGCCGGAUGCUGCUAUGUUGACCCAGUUAAUGCAAAAUCCAGCUAUUUCACAAAUGAUGCAAAGUAUCCUUUCCAAUCCACAGACUAUGAAUCAGAUUCUUGGGGUCAAUUCUGAGCAGCGUGGCAUGCCUGAUAUAAAUUCUCUAAGGGAGGUUAUGCAAAACCCAGAGUUUUUACGACUGUUUUCCUCACCGGAGACACUGCAGCAACUCUUGUCUUUCCAGCAAGCUCUUCUGUCUCAGAUUGGUCAGCAACAAUCAACACAGGAACCAGGUCAAACAGGAGGAGGCACUGGACCGUUGAACAACAUGGGACUGGAGAUGUUAUCGAGCAUGUUUGGUGGACUUGGAGCUGGUAGCCUUGCUGUUCCUAACAGAUCAAAUGAGCCACCAGAGCAAUUGUAUGCCACCCAACUUUCUCAGCUUCAAGAGAUGGGGUUCUUUGACACACAAGAGAACAUAAGGGCUCUUAUUGCCACAUCAGGGAACGUUCACGCAGCAGUUGAGCGGCUUUUGGGGAACUCCGGACAGUAGCAGGUGGUAAGGGACACAGGACUAGCAAUUAAAUCUCAAACGCUAGAAUCUGGUGUGAGAUAUUAUCCAUUUAGCUUCGAUUUUCGUCAUGGAAUUGUGUUUAAACAAAUUUGUUGAUUUUUUUGGUUUACAUGAUAUCCAGAAUUUAGUAUUAAAUCCAAUACUACAAUGUCCAAUGAUUAAUUAUACCUUCAGCUACAAGAAAGUACAAGGCAUUUUGUACCAUAUACAUGUAAUUCUGACUUGCCUGUUUGCAAGCAAGGGUUGGAUUCAUAGGUACUCUCCAAUGAAGGGAUUUAUGUUGGAACAUGAAUUUAAAUAUAUAAUUAUGAACUUCUGUUUGUCA